GCGGCGAUGAAGAGGGGACAUUCUCAUUAUGUUCAUUGUAACAUCCUGAAAUUAACGCCUCGAAUUUACUUGUAGCUACUAUCUCAAUACAGCAGAGACUUUUCUGUUGAGAAUAGUUCUACCGCAGUAGAUCACGACAUCACAUAACGACGCACUGAGAAUCCGUCAAAGCAGGGUUGGCCACAAUCAUGGCAGAGAGGCUCCAAAUCCCGCCUCCUAUAGUCAACGGAAAGUACCUUAACAUCACGUUCCCAGCACCGCGAGUAGUUCUCAUAACGAUGAAUCGACCAAAUCAGUUGAAUGCUAUGAAUAGCGACGCCCGUCGCGAAUUCGGCUUAAUCUGGCCGUGGUUCGAUGCUGAACCUAAUUUAUCAGUGGCUAUAGUCACAGGUGCAGGACGUGCAUUCUGUGCUGGCGCUGAUCUCAAGGAGGGUGCUCCUUCCAGCAAGGGGGUGACGAAAGAAGAAGCGCAAAAACUCAUGCUAACAAGACGGAUGGGCAAAAAGCCCGUUAUAGCGGCUGUAAAUGGGCUUGCGCAUGGAGGAGGAACAGAGAUGGUAGUGAAUUGCGACCUGGUUGUUAUGGCUGAUGAUGCGGAGUUAUGUUUGCCCGAGGUGAAGCGAGGAUUGAUUCCCUUUGCAGGCGCAUUGCCUCGACUGAUACGAACAGUUGGAUUGCAAAGAGCAAUGGAAUUAGCGCUGACAGGGAAGAAGAUCAACGCACACAAGGCUUAUGAAUGGGGCCUGGUGAACAAAGUGGUAAAACGGGCGGACGUGAUCAAAGAAGCUUUGAAUUAUGCCUCUGAUAUUGCUGCGAAUAGCCCUGAUGCCAUCAUUGCUGCGUAUCUCGGUGUUCGGGAAAGCUGGAUGCAAGCAAACGUCGAAGACGCGGUGCAGGCGACAAUUGACGGGCCAUGGGAGAAAUUGCAAUCAAGUGAGAAUUUGGCGGAGGGUGUGAAAGCUUUCCAAGAGAAACGAGCGCCAAAAUGGAGACCGAGUAAAUUGUAGUCAUGAUCAUCAGAGAGAUGUAGUGAGAGUCCAAGUCAACGGUUCCUGUCAGCCGUCUGCCUUCUGUUGUUGAGCACGAGCUUUAUAUCCUACUCGUUU